AUGGAGGACCCGGAGAAGAACAUGAAGGCCGACUACUCGCCCCAGGCAUCGCCGACCCUACCCGAGUAUGGCGAGUCCGGCGCGCACAAAGCCUCCUGGCCCUCCCGUUUCGUCGACAGCUUCAAGCGCGACCCCAAUGCCCAUGCCACUCCCAAGGGCACCGUCGGCGCUGAUGGCCGUGUCUUCGAUGUCGAGGGCGCAGCCGCCGCCACCGCUUCUUCGCCUCUCCAGCGACACCUGAAAGGCCGUCACUUGCAAAUGUACGCUCCGAGCCCAUAUUAUAUAUACAUGUAUGUAUAUGUAUAUGCAUGGAUAGCUGACCAUGCAAUGCAGGAUUGCAAUCGGCGGUUCCAUCGGGACUGGUCUCUUCGUCGGGUCCGGCUCUGCCCUCGCCAAUGGUGGUCCGGCUUCCCUCCUCAUCGCCUUCAUGCUCAUCGGUAUAAUGUUGUACUGUACCGUCCAUGCCCUCGGUGAGAUGGCUGUGCUCUUCCCCGUUGCCGGUUCCUUCUCCGCCUACUCGACUCGAUUCCUCGACCCCGCAUGGGGUUUCGCCAUGGGUUGGAAGUGAGCUCCACUCACUCGCACUCUCCAUCAAGACUGUCGGCUAAUCUUCUUCAAAGUUACGCCAUGCAGUGGCUCGUCGUCCUACCCCUGGAAAUCGUCGCUGCUACCCUGACCAUCACCUACUGGACUCAUGACUCCAUCAACAACGAUGCCUUUGUCGCCAUCUUCCUCGUCCUCAUCAUCGUCAUCAACCUCUUCGGAGUCAGGGGAUACGGAGAGGCCGAGUUCAUCUUUUCCAUCAUCAAGGUCAUCGCCGUCGUCGGCUUCAUCCUCCUGGGAAUCAUCCUCAACUGCGGUGGUGGACCAAAGGGUGGAUACAUUGGUGGCAGAUACUGGCACGAUCCGGGCGCUUUCAACCAUGGCUUCAAGGGUCUCUGCUCCGUCUUCGUCACUGCUGCCUUCGCCUUUGCCGGUACUGAGCUGGUCGGUCUGGCCGCUGCCGAGACUGCCAAUCCAAGGAAAUCCCUGCCGACUGCCGUCAAGCAAGUCUUCUGGCGCAUCACCUUGUUCUACAUCGUCUCUCUGACGCUUGUUGGUCUCCUCGUGCCCUACACCAACUCCCGUCUCCUCAAUGGCUCGUCUUCUGUCGACGUUACCGCUUCGCCCUUUGUCAUCUCCAUCCAGAACGCCGGAAUCGGUGGACUUCCAUCCGUCUUCAACGCAGUCAUCCUGAUUGCGGUGCUGUCAGUCGGCAACUCAUCCAUCUAUGGAAGCUCGCGUACCCUGGCGGCGCUUGCAGACCAGAACCAGGCACCCAAAAUUCUCGGCUACAUCGACCGCAAUGGACGCCCUAUUGUCGCGAUUGGCCUUGCGUCUGCGCUCGGAUUCCUUGCCUUCUUCGCCGGAUCGUCUUUCCGGGCGCAAGCCUUCAAUUGGAUGGUAAUUAUCAUGCUCCCCGUCAUCUCCUAGAAACCUGCUAACUCAUCGCUUUCAAGUUAGCGCUGUCCGGACUCUCCUCGAUCUUCACCUGGGGCAGUAUCUGCUUGGCCCACAUUCGCUUCCGAACCGCUUGGAAAAAGCAGGGCCAUUCGCUUGAAGAGCUCGCCUUCCGCAGCCAGCCUGGUGUUUGGGGCUCGUGGGUCGGCUUCAUCUUCAACUGCCUCGUCCUCAUUGCCCAGUUCUGGGUUGGCGUGUGGCCGAUCGGCUACGCCAGCAUGACCCCGAGUGACAUCGCAGAGGGCUUCUUUCAGGCCUAUCUUGCCGCGCCGAUCGUCAUCCUCUCGGUGAGUUUGCUCUCUGAAAACUGGUCCGUUCAUCGGAUUUGAGACUAACCACUUCUGCAGUACGUCGUUUACAAAGUUUGGAAGAAGACACCUUUUAUCCGAUCUCACAACAUGGACCUCCACACGGGCAUACGAGAUCUCAACAUUGCGGAGCUGAUUGAGGAGGAGCGGGCGGAGCGGGCGACCUGGCCGGCUUGGAAGAGGGCGUACAAGUUCUUCUGCUAA